AUGGUAGAAGGUUGUGGGCAUGUAGACCAGGCCUGUUCACCGAUCUGCUCGUGCGAGCUGCCUCGCGCGCACCCCUCAGCAAUCCUGAGCAACCGGCCGCUGAGCAUCGUGAACGACGAGAACAAUGGGCAGUUGGAGACGGACUGGCGGCACAGCGAAUUUAUCAACGAGUGCUUGCUGUGGCACAACGUGUACCGCCAGCGCCACAGUGCUCGGCCACUCGCGCUCUGCCCGCAGCUUUGCAGUUACGCCCAGGCCUGGGCAAACCACUUGGCACACGUGAACACAUUCUACUACCGGACAGACCGCGACAUCGGCCAAAACCUGUUUUGCCGGCCUACUACGACCCUCCAGGCAGAUGUCACAGGUCAGGAAGUAGUAACCUAUUGGUAUAGUGCGGUACGCCAGUACAACUACCUCAAGGAGCCUGACAUCCUGCAUGCCAACGUCAAUGCAGGGCACUUCACGCAGCUGGUGUGGGCGUCGACGACGCACGUGGGGCUGGGCAAGGCGCGGUCGCGCUCUGGCAAGGUGCUGGUGGUGGCGCACUACCGGCCGGCGGGCAACGUGUCGGGCCUGUUCCAGCAGAACGUGUUCCCGCCGCUGGCGCUGCCGCAGCCGCUUCGAUAG